AUGGCGACACUCCGGCGCCUCUGCAUAGCCCUGCUGUCCGUCGCCAGUCAUGCGGCGAACACCGGGCUUGCACAGACCGAAGUGGCGGACCAACAUCACACCGUCAACGAGACUCUCAAUACUGCAGAGCCCGGCCACGAGUCCUUUUUCACGACCUUCGCAACAUCUUCCCGGAUCCGCACCCACAUCCGCCGCGCUGCGCACUCCGAGAUCGAAGAAGAAAGCCUGAUGCUCCCAUCGAAGCACAUGCCAACGUUUUAUCCAAGACACACGUCCAUCUCUAUCUCCACGACAACCGCAAUCACACCAAGUCUCGCCGUCCGUCAAGAUGAGCCAGCCACAUCGUCCAGCUGUGUUCCGCAUACAGCUGAGAGCGUCCUUGCGACUUGCACGCCUAUGGCAGGCAAAGCGAGCGGCCAGAUCUGUCGGGCGAGGUCGACGGCUACGAUCACUGGCUGCGAUGUGGUUGAUGUGACUUCUUCGACGACUGUGGCUAGUACCAUCACUGCUUACUGCGACAGUAGUGGUGGAUGCGGAGGCGCAGCUUGUCAGGGGAACGAAAAGCGUAUGGCACAGUCCAUCUGUGAGACUUGUUCGCCAAUGGAGACCGGCGCGGCCGACCCUGGAUUCGGGAGGAAGGACUCGGCCGUUGAUUUGGGCGAUCUCGUGCAAGUGAAGGCCCCAGACGAUAGGGAGGUCAUUUCUGGUCCCCUCGAUGAAGUCGACGACUAUGACAACUAUCCCGACUUCGUGGUCAAAGAGUCCGAUAAGUCGUUGCCCGAUAACGACGUCACUCAUCGCAUUGGUUCGACGUCCAUUGCACGCCCUUUCCAGGACGAGCAGUUCAAUGUGGGAGUCAGAGGUCUCUAUGGCUGCACUUCUGUCAUCGCAGUCUCGCGGCGAGGAGCAUGGAUGUCGCACAUCUGGGAGGUUCCAACUUUCUCCAGUGACAAAGGCACCGAAGCUGAUUUGACAACAUGGAUGGAACAGGCUCAGAUCGGGAUCUUCACUGGUGAUGGUACUAAUUAUUUCCCUGGCCUCAACCAGUUCACUGCUGGAGAUCCGGAUGCCAGCUUCUUUGACAGCAUGAAGUACGGACAAACCACCAACAAGGUCACUGUAUUCAUCGUCACCCCAGCCAAGGCAGGCGCAAAGCUGGAAACUCCAAAGUCGCCCUUCGAGAGCGUCAAGUACCCGGCUGAGAUUCAAAGGCUGUGGACGGCCUUAGAUGGGACCUACAAUAACGUCAAAGUGGCCACCUACGACGAUAGCCACGGCGCAACGGAUCCUGCUCUCCGCGAUGCAAAGCUGGCAGCCGGCAAGGGCAGAGCUUUCAUUCAGUACACUCCACGCGCCAACAAACCUCCGGAUCCCGCUCCGGCAGGAGGACAGCCCGGAAGCUCCACAAACCCCGCUCCGGCCUGUGAGAAGCAACAAGCACACCUCAGACUCUGGGUAUAUGGCAAUCCGGACGAGAAGAUUCCACUGUUUGAAGACAAGUGGGAUGCUAUGCCGAAUCAAAUCGUCUUUGAACCUGACGACGAGGAUUCCGAGUCGGGGUCUGAGGAUGGAUCUGAUUCUGACAAGCCAGCGCUCAAUUUUCGAGCUGAGUCGACACCAUCAGGAGGAUCUUGUGUGUGGUUCGGUGACAUAACGACUUCGACCGCUCGAGCGACGUCUACCACCUCUAGAGGACUCAGGUUGACGACGAUGGCCACUAUGACGGGACCCUUGACUUGCCAGAUCACCUCGGCGACGGCCGCGACAUCUUCGGUCCUCACAUACUGUACCUGCAAUGACUACCAAGUACAUGGUGCUUAUACCGAGACGGGGGACCAGGGAGGCGCCACGAUCAUGUGCAACCCGAAAAAUGCACAAGGACCGCCCAUCACUGCAAGCUUCACACGCACCGGAACACAACCUUUCACCACGGGCGUUUGCAGGUUGAAUCUGCACGAGCACACAAGUGGCACCCUUGAAAAGCCCUACGCCGGCAUCGCGACCUUGCCAAUUGUACAGCCCAUCACAGUCAAUGUGCGCACCUUUGACGCAGCGGGAAUAGUGAUGAGCGACUUCACCGUGCUCAAUUUGUUAUCUCCGGACUACAUGACCGUGCGCGCCAACAAGGAAAUGGGCUUCCCGUACAUGCUCACCAUCUAUUCGUCAAACGAUCAAUCGGCCAACCCGUCCUUCUUGAGACAUGGCUGGAUUUUUCAUGAGAUGAUCGAGGAGACUUCGGCGGAUGUCAUUUACUGGAAUACGAACGCCGAUGAGAAUCAAGCGAAAGGAACGUAUCCUCGUUGCGAUACUGCUGAGUACUUCAAGGGCGGAGCGGAGAGAGAAAUGAGCUCAGUCAAAGACGGAGGGUCCCUUCCGCUUGUUUAUCUUCUUUGUUUACUCUCCAUCGUUCCUUCUCUCCUCCCUCAUACCGCCCUGCAUUCCCAUCGCCGGCCAUACCGCUCUCAACCCGCCAAAUUUUCGAGAGCCCUCGCCUCCACCACCACCUCACAUCUCAUCAUGCCAUUCAUCCUCCGCUCUCUCGCGAUCGUGGCGCUGAGCCUGGCCCACACCACACUUCGCACGGUAGUCCGUACCGUUCUCACUCUGGCAUCGCCGGAAAUGGGAAGGAGGUGCCGACACCACCCAGCCAAGGCCCCGGACGCGGUGGCUGCGUAUCCACCACAGCACGACGAGCCUCCGCUCGACCGGGAAGAUGGACGCCCAUUCGGAGUCAUGGGAAUUGACCGGGUGAAAAGCCUUGAACGGACGAGGAACUAUGUUCCUCAUUCGGAAGGCAUGACCCAGAUGUUCGCCAAUGUUACUGGGACACGCAUGAAUACUUUUCUCGUGUUCGAGCCGCCAAGUUUGGAACCAUCAGCGCAGACCAGUGCUGCCAUCAAGGAGAUGGGAGGCUGGGGUAUGCAGUUGCCGGGAGGGUGCAGAGACUGGGAUCUCUCUGUGGAGGGGGUUGAUGCCGGGUUGGAGGAGAGGGGCGAUCUCUGGGACAGCAUUAUCAUCCAGCAGGAAGAGCUUUAA